AUGAACUUUAACUUGAAAAGGAAAGUCCUGGGGAAACCUGUGUCUAAAGCAGUGGGGAAGCGUAAGCCAGUAGCAUUCAAUGAUAACAACUCAUCUGAUGACGAGGAAGAUAAUUUUGCUACUGAAAUGGCCAAGAAGGCCCGGAAGGUUGCAAAGUUAGUUGAUAAGACUGAAGAAUUCAAAGAAGAUGAAGCAAUCAAGAAUAAGACCAAUACCAAAAUUAAUCCUCAACUGUCGCAACUCUUGACUAAGAUUUUAGAAGGUAAAAAGAUCAGAGAACAAGAACAACUCGUGGCCCAGAAUGAACAGAAAGAACAACAAUUGAAAGAUUACCUUAAUAAAAAUAAAGAUGCAAUUGUAUUUUCAAGUGAAGCCUAUAAGAUCGAACAAGAUAGUCUCAAGUUGAACGAAGAAAAAAUUCGUGAACAAGAGAAAUUAGAAGCAGAAGAAUUAAAUAAUGGGACAGAAUUUUACUCUAGAAUGAUUAAGGCCAGAAUUGGAGAAAAGGAGGAAUUGAUCCCAAAUGUUAAAUCGAUUAUAAACGACAAUACCAGUAAUGUCUCAAAAGUCGUUGGAGUAUCCCCUGCUAAAGUUGAAGAUAAACUGAAAAGAGUGCAAUCUAAAAAGCCAAUUCAAUUUAAUAUUGUAAACAGUUCAGACAAGGAGAAGAAAAAUGAUUUGCUUGACAAAUUAAUGGACUUUAUCAAAUCAAAGAUUACUGAGCAAGAUCUAAUUGAAGCUAAGGGGAAAUAUUUUGAAAGAAAAAGAAAGGCUACUAAUAGAAUAGAUUCUUAG